UUUGUGUUGAUUUGUUCUGUACACGUGACAUCUAUUGCACGUCUGUCCGUCCUGGGAGAGGGAUCCCUCCUCUGUGGCUCUUCCUGAUCAGAGUGAGAGGAGCCAUAAAGAGACAACGUUUACUUAUUCAUCCAGACCCAGCAGCAGCUGAUAUCACUGCCUAGUCCAGCAGCAGUCAGCCCAGCUCGGCGUCUGUCUUUCAGCCUUUUAUUUCACCAAGCUCUCACCAACCACUAAAACACCUGAAGGCAGCACGGGAACUGAGCUGUGAUUGGUGCAGAGCUGGUGUCGUCAGCGAGGUGAGGGACGUCAUCAGGAAACAGGCUGCCGUGAGCGCGCGCCAACACGCACACCUUUCUACCUGCAGCAGUGUCAGACUCUGUGAUGUCAUCCAGUCUGUCUCUGUCCUCGCAGCAAUGGGCGCUCAGUCGUCGUCAGUAGAGGGCGCUCACGUCGUGGUUGUCGGCGGUGGAUUUGGCGGCGUCGCGGCGGCUCAGCAGCUGAAAUCUCUGCGACUCGACUUCACUCUGAUCGACAUGAGAGACGCUUUUCAUCACAACGUGGCGGCGCUCCGAGCGUCCGUGCAGACCGGCUUCGCUCAGAGAACCUUCAUCCCGUACACGGAGACGUUCGGAGGCCAUUUUGUUCAAGGUCGAGUGAAGCGAGUCGACACCGACCGACAGGUGGUGGUCCUGGAGGGAGGGAGGGAGAUCCAGUACAGCCACCUCAUCCUGUGCACCGGGACUGACGGAGCGUUCCCCGGGAAGUUCAACACUACGGCGUCGCAUCAGACCGCCGUGCAGACGUACGAGGACUUUGUCAAGCAGGUCCAGGCAGCAGACUCGGUGUUGGUGGUCGGAGGAGGGUCGACUGGUGUGGAGAUGGCUGCUGAGAUCAAGACGGAGUAUCCAGACAAGAAGGUGGUUCUGAUCCACUCCAGAAUCGGGCUGGCUGACCCGGAGCUGCUGCCCAGCGUCAGACAGGAGGCCAAAGAGGUUCUGCUGCAGAAAGGAGUGGAGCUGCUGCUGGGUCACAAAGUGUCCGACCUGACGGAGCUGCAGCUCAACGUGACCCAGAAGAACACGGUGGUCACCACAGAUAAAGGAGAGAGGCUGACCACGGACCUGAUCAUCUGCUGCACCGGACUCAAGAUCAACUCUGCAGCCUACGCCUCCAGCUUCUCUGGCUCUCUGGCUGAUAACGGAGCUCUGAAGGUGAACGCUCACCUGCAGGUCCAAGGCUUCUCCAACGUCUUCGCCGUGGGCGACUGUGCCGACGUGAACGAGCCCAAGAUGGCGUACCAUGCUGGACUGCACGCCGGCGUCGCCGUUACCAACAUCGCCAACAGUCUGAGUGGGAAGGAGCUGACCUCAUACCGCACAGGCAACGUCACCAUGUUGCUGGCGAUGGGCUAUAAUGACGGCGUGGGUCAGUUUAAUGGGCUGAAGUUGCCUCGUUGCCUUGUUGCUUUUGGGAAGAGUCGAGAUCUGCUGCUGUGGAAGAGCUGGAGGGAGAUGGAGCAGAAACAACCCUGACCUGAAACCCAGCAGCCAAUCAUCAACCAGGUCCCCAGCAGCCAAUCAUCAACCAGGUCCCCAGCAGCCAAUCAUCAACCAGGUCCCCAGCAGCCAAUCAGCAGCCAGGUCCCCAACAGCAGCU